UUUAGGCGAAAAAUGAUUAGACAACUUCCUUUGAUAUGUGGGCAUUUCGAGUUUUGGGCUAAAAUCAUCCCUCUACUAUGGGCCAAGCCUAAGGUACAUCCUCGUGUUACCAUAGUGAGCAAAAAACAUCCUUGUACUAUUCAAAAAGCGGCAAAAUCCAUCCUUCUGUUAGAAGCUGUCAAGAAACUCACGGUCCCAACAAAAGAACGUGCCAAGCACGUGGCUUUCAACCUAAAUUUUCCAAAUAUCUCCUUCCCGCCCGAUCGUCUUCCACCUUUCAGCAAACUAAUACUUCUAAAACCAGCAGUUUCUUUCCAUAUAUGAACUUUGGAGAAUAAUCUAGGGUUACUCGAUGAAGAAAAGCAGAGUGUUCUCCUGAACAAAACAGAGGACUCUUUUUCUCACACUUCAUAAACAAGAUACUGUGGGUUGGAGCAAAGAAACAAUAGAAAGAAUGUUGGCUCGAUGUUUAAGUGGCCGAUCAUCCACACCCAACUAUGAUCCUAUCUCUGAAGCCUUACUUUUCACAAUUAAAGUACACCAUGGUGGAUCAUUUGUUCGUACUCCGACACGAGGCUACAUAGGUGGGAAAGUCGAAUAUUUUGACUAUGUAAAUGGGACAACGAUAAAGCUAUCAGAUUUUAAGAAUAUGGCCGAGCAAUGUAAUUAUGACAAGGAGUCAGUGGUGUUUUGGCAUAAAUAUGGUUUAAACCUUUAUAAGGUUCGAUUAGUCGGGAGCAACACUAAAGCUACUAGAGUUGCUACUUGCAUUCCAAAGGAUAGAGUGGUUGAGAUAUAUUUUGAACAUUUGGAUUUCUAUCGUGACGAAAAUCAAUGUCAUGAGGAAACAGAAAUGAAUUCUUUACCAAUGAUUGAUGUAGGAGCAAGCAGUGAUGAUUCUCAUGAUAGUGAUUUUGAAGAUUCUGAUUAUACUUUGGAGGAAGAUGAUCUAUUGUUCUCCAAAAACGUUGACCCUUCGGCUGAAUCUUUUGGGAUAAGUAUCCAUGGGAAAACGAAGAAAAAUGAUGCAACGCAAGAUUAUGUAAGUGAAGAUAUGCGAAGAAAGAUGCAGAAUGAGGAGGGUGACUCGGAUUGCGUAGAUUCUGAUGACACAAGGAGUUUGAAUAGUGACUGCGAUUCUGAAACUAAUGAUUGUGAGUUUCCCAAGCACAACCCAAAAACUGAUGCCCUUAAUCCUAAAUUAGAGUUGGGAAUGGUAUUUGGUAACAAAAAAGAGUUUAAGGAAGCUGUCAUUGCAAAUCAAGCCAAAAUUGGAAAGUCAAUCAAGUGGAUCAAAGAUGACAGAGAAAGAGCUAGGGCAGAAUGUAGACGUAAAAAGUCUGGAUGUAAGUGGAAGAUAUUGGACUCGGCAAUGCAAAGGGACACGUCUUUUCAAAUAAAGACGUUUGAUUCCGAUCAUACUUGUUUUGGGUGGAAUUAUAAGAAUAAAAUCAUCACUUCAAGCUGGAUAGCAAGGAGGUAUAUUGAUAGAAUUAAAUCAAAUAAGACUUGGAAAGUAUCAGAAUUCAGAGAUACAUUGAGUAGGGAAUUACAAUUGCAUGUGAGUAUACAUCAAGCAAGAAGGGCAAAGGAAAAGGCUAUUGCAAUGAUCGAUGGACAUAUCAAUGAUCAGUUUAGUAUAUUAUGGAACUAUUGUAAUGAAAUUGUUAGAACCAAUCCUGGUACUUCUGUUUUCAUGAAACUAACUUCAAAUGAAAGUUCUGACAAGCUGAUGAGAUUUCAGAGAUUUUAUGUUUGCUUUGCAGCUUGUAAAGCUGGUUUCAAGGCAGGUUGUAGGAAAAUUGUUGGGAUGAAAAACAUUCUAGAAAUAGAAUAAAGCGUCGGAAAUGAUUGAAAACUUAACAAAUUCACCAAGUGAUUCAACCUAUCAAUAAUACCAAUGCAGUUGAGAAUCUCAAUGAAGAAUGGUACCUCUCUAAUCUAGAAAACUCAACUUUGCAAGAAAACAAGAUUAACCUACUUUGAUCUAUGUUGCUCGGACUCUUCAAAAUGUCAACUAAUGCGUGUCGGAUUCGUCAACAGUAGUGUGUUUUUGGAGAAUUCAACACAGGUGCGGCAUUAAAAGUGAAGAGUCCGCGCAACUUAGACUUUGAUUUUUAGUGUCGAGAUAUUUCUUUAUGUAUUACAAAAUGAAUACAAUACUGGAUUAUCCAAACCAGAAUGAGAAAAGAAACAAAAUUGUCACAUCAUUCUAACAUUUUAUCAAACAGGUAAGGGACAUCUUAAUGUCCAGUUAUCAAAUCUUGGUAAUUUCUAAUAGUUCUUAGCAAGCAAUAAUUUUUGUAAAAAUGAUGAAGAUGAGGAGAACACAAGUCAAAUACAUUAACCAAUUAUAGACAUAGCUUGCGAACUUUUACCAUGUCUUGUGAGGAGCGAUGACAAUGUAGACAUAGCUUUGAGUUGGAGUAGAAGAGUUGGAGCUAUGGUUUCUAUUCCUAGAAGUUCUAGGCUAUUUUAGUUGAAGGAAAAUUGAGUUAUUGAAGUCUCUGCUUUGCUGUGGUGGACGACAAUGAGAAGGAUACUUGGAAAAUUUAAGGGGAAAGCCACGUGCUUGGCACGUUCUUUUGUUGGGACCGUGAGUUUCUUGACAGCUUCUAACAGAAGGAUGGAUUUUGCCACUUUUUGAAUAGUACAAGGAUGUUUUUUGCUCACUAUGGUAACACAAGGAUGUACCUUAGGUUUGGGCUAUAGUAGAGGAAUGAUUUUAGCCAAAACUCGGGCAUUUCUCUUAUAGCUUUUGGAGUACAUUGACAUGGAAAAGAAUC